AUAAUCGCCGCCUCCUACUGCCACCGCGCGUGCGCGAGCUCGGGCCUUCCACCCGCGCCAACCCACCCAGGCACCCAGCAGCCUCUCCCGCUUCGUUUCCCCCGUCGCUUGGCGCCGAAUCCAACCCACCACCCGAGCCAGCGCGUCGUCGUCCCCGCUCCGGCUCCGCUCCUCCGGCCGUGCCAGGCUUGCCAGCCCACGGCCUCGGGGAGACCAAAAUAGAAACUUCCGCUGGUAGGUCGCCCCCGCUUUACCCCACCCCCACCCCGCGCACGCCUCCCCUGCCCCGGGCAAAACUGCCGCCCUCCCUCCCCCCUCCCCCUCCCCCAUCCGGCUCGCCCUUCCCCCUCCCCGCUCUUUCUGUGAGGAGGGAAGAGAGGCGGAUGCCGAGGCCACGGGGCUCGCGCGCCGCAAGCAUGACGCCGCUCGGGGGGCAGGUGAGGUAGCGCGCGGUUUUAAAUCGCCCCGCGCCUGCCAUCUCGCCAUACUUUAGUCGUAGAAAGAGCUGCCUGCGGACAUGGGUUCCAGCCUCAAGUACCGGUCGGGGCUGUGCCUGAUUGUCGCCGUCGUGCUGAUCUGGGUCAUCUCCGCGGAGGUCACGCAGGGGAUAUUCACAAAGUACAAACAUCCGUUCGCAAUUACUUACUUGGGGGCCUCCCUUAUGGUCAUAUAUCUCCCUUUGUCAUUUCUAAAAGACUUUAUAUACAAUUCAAUGAGACAGCAUUCUGGAAACACCAGUGCUUCAAAAGUCACAAGCAAAUCUUCCUUUGGCGGUAGUGCCCCAUUGAAGAAUGGUGAAUUUCAGAAGAUGUUGGAAAUGGAGUCACAGAAAACUAUAGUGAUUCCUGUAGUAGAAGAGACAAAACCACUUAUUUAUGGAAUCACUGAAAUUAAUGAUGGCAUCCUGAACGAGAAGCAGCUUUCUUCUAAGGAAAUUGCAACUUAUGGACUGUACCUUUGCCCCUUAUGGUUUGUGACAGAGUAUUUAUCGAAUGCAGCGCUUGCAAGAACUAGUGUUGCGAGUACUACUGUACUGUCUUCAACUUCGGGACUCUUCACUCUUUUCAUUGGUGUUUUACUUGGACAAGACUCCAUAAAUCCUGCAAAAAUUAUUGCUGUUUUCAUUAGCAUGGCUGGUGUCGUUAUGACAACUAUGGGCCAGACUUGGGCAUCUGAUGAAUCAGAAGUAGGCAAAUCUGGGGAUACACAGAGGACUCUUCUAGGUGAUAUGUUUGGUCUUAUGUCAGCGAUCUCAUAUGGUCUUUUUACUGUGCUUCUCAAAAAAUUUUGUGGAGAGGAAGGAGAAAAGGUCGAUGUCCAAAAACUGUUUGGCUAUCUUGGACUUUUUAGUCUUGUUGCUCUCUGGUGGCUUGUCUGGCCAUUAACAGCACUAGGCAUUGAACCAAAGUUUUCAAUGCCCCACUCAGCUAAAGUUGAUGAAGUGGUGGUGGCAAAUGGCCUAAUCGGAAGUGUAUUAUCAGACUACUUCUGGGCUCUUUCUGUUGUUUGGACUACUCCCUUGGUGGCCACCUUAGGCAUGUCUCUCACAAUUCCACUAGCAAUGGUUGCUGAUAUGAUCAUUCAUGGCCGCCACUAUUCAGCAGUUUAUAUUCUUGGAUCUGUCCAGGUGUUUUCAGGCUUCGUUAUUGCAAACCUCGCAGAUCGCUUUUCACGUUCUCUAGGGCUAUAGCUUCAUGAAAUAAAACAGGUUCUUACAAGAGUGUAAAUGUGGAAGGUCAAAGCUUGGGUUGGUUAGGCAAAGGCUCCAGAAAACUCUGGUCUCUAGUUUCAUGUGGAUUGGGAAAUACCAGUAGCACCUCUUUUCCCUUUGCCCUACGGGGAUGGUGAAUUUUGCCGCGAUGAAUAGUGAAAGCCAGCAGAUCAAGAAAGAUACAGUAUGUUGUAGCAACCCUUCACAACUGUAAAUUCUCUCACUACAGAGCGCUUGUCGAUGUAUACUACGUGGUUCUUGGCCAUGUCCAGACUCUGCAUUCUUG